AGUUAUCUUAGAGUGCGGAUGUCGUCCUCUAUGCAUACCUCUACCAAGGAUAUCAUUUCCAUGAUCGAGAGGAUUGAUCGCCACCCCCACAACAUGCCGGCCAUGAAGCGUAUUGGAUACGCGGUCGGCAUCGUUGGUCUCGCGAUGCAGGGCGGUUAUACCGCGGACGAAUUCAAGGGAACCAUUCUCGACUAUAUUCGCACCCUUAGACGGGAACUCGAUUUCGCCAACAGUGCCGAGCAAUUUGCCCAGCUCCGUCACAGGGAGAUUCUCUGCGGUGACGUCCUCGCCGCCUUAUGCGAGCUCAAGCAAAAUGCCACUGUCCACAGAGAGGUUGAUGUUGUCGUCAACCAAAACUCUUUUGUCGACGAGGGCAAUGUCGACAUCGGCGACUUCGUCCUCAUCCACGAGAGCGACGCUGGAGAGUCUCAGGCGGAAAGUGCCGAGUGGGAACUUGUCUGAAGACCAAGAAUGGAGAUGACCUGCUGGGGGGGGACUUGCUGUAAUAGUGUCACAGGCAUUGCCUGCCUGUUCCUGUAUAUAUACUGGCUGUCAUGUGACAUGGUGGCUCUGGGUGGGUCCAUGGGGUGGACCCACUGCUCUAUGCCUUACAUAGUUCUCGUGCGCACACAGGACUCUCUUCCUGUCCCUCGCACAACAAUCAAAGUCUUAGCUCAG